AUGGCCAGCAAAACUGACAACCUGACUGCCGUACUGUACGGUAUUGAGGAUCUACGUCUAGAGCAGCGUCCAAUUCCAGUGCCCAAAGAUGACGAGGUUCUGCUGGAGAUGGAUGUCGUAGGCAUCUGUGGCUCGGAUGUGCACUACCUGGUACGGGGUCGCAUCGGAGAUUUUAUCGUGAAAAAACCCAUGGUCAUAGGCCACGAAGCUUCGGGUGUUGUGACCAAGGUAGGGUCCAAGGUGAAGCACCUGCAAGUGGGUGAUCGUGUUGCGAUCGAACCAGGUUACGGUUGUCGUACGUGUGAAUACUGCAAGAGUGGUGCGUACAAUCUCUGUGCUGAUAUGAUAUUCUGUGCCACACCUCCAUAUGAUGGCAAUCUCACCAGGUACUUUGCUCAUCCGGCCGACUUUUGCUAUAAACUUCCGGACCACGUCACCAUGGAGGAGGGAGCCCUACUGGAACCACUCUCAGUCGGUGUGCAUGCUUGUCGCCGUGCAAACGUUGGGCUAGGUUCGCAGGUUUUGAUUCUCGGCGCGGGGCCAAUCGGGCUGGUAACGCUCAUAGUGGCCAAAUCGAUGGGUGCUGGUAAAGUGCUCGUUACCGAUCUGCUUCAAAAUCGGCUGGAUGUAGCAAAGGAGCUGGGUGCGGAUGAAACGCUCGUCAUACCGAAGGAUGCGUCCGAGGACGAGCUGGUAAAGAAAAUUCAUGAGCUUAUGGGUGGAGCGCCAGAUAAAACGAUCGAUUGCAGUGGUGCGGAAGCAACGGCUAGACUAACGAUCCUUGCCACCAAGGCUGGUGGGGUUGGUGUAAUGGUGGGCAUGGGUGCUCCUGAGGUGAAGUUACCGCUGGUAAACGCGCUUGCACGCGAAGUAGAUAUCCGGGGCGUGUUCCGGUAUUGUAACGACUACCCGGUGGCGUUAAGUCUAGUGGCUAGCGGUAAAGUGAACGUAAAGCGGCUUAUCACCCAUCAUUUUAACAUUGAAGAAACGGCCAAAGCGUUCCAUACGACGCGCCACGGAGUGGAUGGUGCAAUAAAGGUAAUGAUCCAUGUACAACCAAAAGAUAAAAAUAAUCCGAAAUAGAUAAGUACGUACGAUAGAACGUAAUA